GGACCUGAUGUCCAAUGCAGCGGUUCUUGCAGCUCCCGGGAGCUGUGGUGAGGCCGGGGGGCCGAGGGGCUGACGGGGCUGAUCAGGAGGCGUCCAGCCCUGUGCUGGGUCCUGAAGGCGGCCCCCCGCCAUGGUACCAGGCCCUACAGCCUGAGGAGCUUCGGAGGCUGCAGGCCCCCGAGGAAGACACAACCCCAGAAGCACCCUUGGAAGGACCUUGCCCAGAGGCUGGCCAGGGCCAGGGUCAGAGCCAGAACCAGAACCAGAGCCAGAGCCAGAGCCAGCCACUACGGCAUGACGACCUGAAGGAGAUGCUGGACACCAACAAGGAUUCCCUCAAGCUGGAGGCCAUGAAGAGGAUUGUGGCGAUGAUCGCCCGUGGGAAGAACGCCUCAGAUCUGUUUCCCGCGGUGGUGAAGAACGUGGCCUGUAAGAACAUAGAGGUGAAGAAGCUGGUCUACGUGUACUUGGUACGCUACGCCGAGGAGCAGCAAGACCUGGCUCUGCUGUCCAUCUCCACCUUCCAGCGUGGCCUGAAGGACCCCAACCAGCUGAUCCGUGCCAGUGCCCUGCGUGUCCUCUCCAGCAUCCGUGUGCCCAUCAUAGUGCCCAUCAUGAUGCUGGCCAUCAAGGAAGCAGCCUCGGACAUGUCGCCUUACGUGCGGAAAACAGCAGCCCAUGCCAUCCCUAAACUCUACAGUUUGGACUCUGACCAGAAAGAUCAACUGAUAGAAGUCAUCGAGAAGCUCCUGGCCGACAAGACCACGCUGGUCGCGGGCAGCGUGGUGAUGGCCUUCGAGGAGGUCUGCCCGGAGCGCAUCGACCUGAUCCACAAGAACUACCGCAAACUCUGCAACCUGCUCAUCGACGUGGAGGAGUGGGGCCAGGUGGUCAUCAUCAGCAUGCUGACCCGCUAUGCCCGCACGCAGUUCCUGAGCCCCACCCAGAACGAAUCCCUGCUAGAGGAGAACCCUGAGAAAGCCUUCUACGGCUCAGACGAGGAUGAGGCCAAGGCCCCGGGCUCGGAGGAGGCGGCCAGCACGGCACUGCCUGCCCGAAAGCCCUACGUCAUGGACCCCGACCGCUCCCUCUUAUUUUACCACGUCCUCAGCCCACCCUUCCCCACGCUGGCCCCAGUCCUAACGUCUCUGCUCCCCACUGUUCCCCUCCACUCAAUCUUUGGCCCACCUUUAUUUCCCCCAUCCACCACCUCCUGCCCAAACCGAGGGGCCCAGGGCCCUCUGACCUGUCCUCUCCGCAGCGAGGUGCAGUAUGUAGUACUCCAGAACGUGGCCACCAUGUCCAUCAAACGCCGGGGUAUGUUUGAGCCCUACCUGAAGAGCUUCUACAUCAGGUCCACCGACCCCACCCAGAUCAAGAUACUGAAGCUGGAAGUGCUGACCAACCUGGCCAACGAGACCAACAUCCCUACCGUCCUACGGGAAUUCCAGGUACAGGCAAGGGGCAUGGACAGGGACUUUGUGGCAGCCACGAUCCAGGCCAUCGGACGCUGUGCGACUAACAUAGGCCGAGUCCGCGACACCUGCCUCAACGGCCUGGUGCAGCUACUGUCCAACCGCGACGAACUCGUGGUCGCAGAGUCAGUGGUCGUCAUCAAGAAGUUGCUGCAGAUGCAGCCGGCGCAGCACGCAGAGAUCAUCAAACACCUGGCAAAGCUCACGGACAACAUCCAGGUACCCAUGGCCCGAGCCAGCAUCCUGUGGCUCAUUGGGGAGUACUGCGAGCACGUCCCCAGGAUUGCACCUGAUGUCCUGAGAAAAAUGGCCAAGUCAUUCACAGCGGAGGAGGACAUCGUCAAGCUGCAGGUCAUCAACCUGGCGGCCAAGCUCUACCUGACCAACUCUAAGCAGACCAAGCUGCUGACCCAGUAUGUGCUGAGCCUGGCCAAAUACGACCAGAACUAUGACAUCCGCGACCGAGCGCGCUUCACGCGGCAGCUCAUCGUCCCUUCGGAGCAGGGUGGGGCCCUCAGCCGCCAUGCCAAGAAGCUCUUCCUGGCACCCAAACCCGCCCCAGUCUUGGAGUCAUCCUUCAAAGACCGGGACCACUUCCAGCUGGGCUCCCUGUCCCACCUGCUCAAUGCCAAGGCCACAGGCUAUCAGGAGCUCCCAGACUGGCCAGAGGAAGCCCCAGACCCAUCUGUGCGCAACGUGGAGGUCCCGGAAUGGACCAAGUGCUCCAAUCGGGAGAAGAGGAAGGAGAAGGAAAAACCUUUCUACUCGGACUCUGAGGGGGAGUCGGGCCCCACGGAGUCCGCAGACAGCGACCCUGAGUCCGAGAGCGAGUCGGACAGUAAGAGCAGCAGCGAGAGCGGCUCUGGGGAGUCCAGCAGUGAGUCUGAGAAUGACGAUCAGGACGAGGAUGAGAAGGGGAGAGGCAGCGAGAGCGAGCAGAGUGAGGAGGGUGGGAAGAAGAAGACGAAGAAGAAGAAGAAGGUGUCAGAGGGACAGGGCGAAGCCUCGUCCUCGGAGGAUGGCAGCGAUUCCAGCAGCAGCUCAUCAGAGUCCGAGGAGACGUCAGAGUCGGAGGAGGAGCAGGAGCGACCUGCCUCCUGGAGGAGGAAGACGCCUCCCAGCAGCAAAAGUGCCCCGGCAGCCAAAGAGAUCUCCCUGCUGGACCUAGAGGACUUCACCCCUGCCAGCGUCCCACCUGUGUCUCCCCCCACGGUUGUGUCCACCAGUCUGGCCACUGACCUGGAGGGCCUGACUCUCACAGACUCCUCCCUGGCGCCCUCGCUGCUGAGCCCAGUGUCGGGUGCCGGGAGGCAGGAACUGCUGCACCGGGUGGCUGGCGAGGGGCUGGCUGUGGACUACACCUUCAGCCGCCAACCUUUCUCUGGGGAUCCCCACAUGGUGUCUGUGCACAUCCACUUCUCCAACAGCUCCGAUACCCCCAUCAAGGGCCUGCACGUGGGCACCCCUAAACUGCCUGCUGGCCUCAGCAUCCAGGAAUUUCCUGAAAUUGAGUCCCUAGCUCCUGGAGAAUCUGCCACUGCUGUCAUGGGCAUCAACUUCUGUGACUCCACCCAGGCGGCCAACUUCCAGCUAUGCACCCAGACCCGACAGUUCUACGUCUCCAUUCAGCCGCCUGUUGGGGAGCUGAUGGCUCCCGUGUUCAUGAGUGAGAAUGAGUUCAAGAAGGAGCAGGGAAAGCUGACGGGCAUGAACGAGAUCACAGAGAAGCUCACGCUGCCGGACACCUGUCGGAGUGACCACAUCGUGGUGCAGAAAGUGACUGCCACUGCCAACCUGGGUCGCGUCCCCUGUGGGACAUCUGAUGAGUACAGGUUUGCAGGGAGGACACUGACCAGCGGGAGCCUGGUCCUGCUGACCCUGGAUGCCCGGCCCACCGGACCUGCCCAGCUGACCGUCAACAGCGAGAAGAUGGUGAUCGGCACCAUGCUGGUGAAGGACGUGAUCCAGGCGCUGACGCAGUGACUCCCGCGUGCUGUGGCCCUUCUAACCUCUGGGUGUCAGUCCCUCUCUGUUUGUCUCCUCUCUCUCUCCUGCCAGCGUCCCCAUGCCACAGAGCAUCUAGGGUGCCCUCUCUGCCUCGGUCAUGAUCAGGCCCUCCCUCUCCUCUCCCCAUGGCUUCCUUAGCGACCUGUGCGGUAGAGACGGCAGCUGCCCCCCUCCCCCCC